AGGGAGAGGAGAGGGAAAGACACACGCACGCAGAGACACACGGUCCCUGGAAUUAUAUUAGAAAAAGGUGACACGAGCAAGGGUUAGAGGGAGAAGAUCUUUUAAGACCUUCCCGUCGGCUUGUGAGAAAGAAGCGACUCCGGUCUCUGGUCCUCGAAGCUCCCGCUGGUUUGUUCCUAGGCGCUUACACCCGUCGGUGGAUAUCUUUCUUAUUUGCGCUUUAUUCUGACCCCCACCCUCGCCGCUUCCUUUCAGCCCUUCGCUCUCAGAUCGCUUCUCCCCCACCUCCCCAGUCCCCUCCCGGGAGGCGCAGGGCAAUCGGACCCGUGGGGACUCGCGCCUUCCCGGAUGAGCUGAGGGGAGGGCAGACUUGAGGACCGGCUGUCGGCUUGGAAAGCAGACACACAUCCGAAUACGUGUGUAUUUGAUUUUAGUGGGCAAGGGGGGCGUCGAGAGGCCGCCCACCGCCCUCCGUUCCGCUACCCCCUCCAGCCAGAGGCGAGAAUCGCAGGACUCAGGAUCUUCAUCGGGUGGACUAGCUGGGAUCUCCGCAUUGGAUUUGGGGCUGAUUAUCACGGCUUGGCUAUUAUUAUUAUUGUUGUUGUUGUUAUUUUUUAAUCCAAGGGAGAAAGACAAAAAACAAAACAAAACAAAACUGUGGGAUUUAUUUAACAUGAUCUUGGCAAACGCCUUCUGCCUCUUCUUCUUUUUAGAAGAGACCCUCCGCUCUUUGGCCAGCCCUUCCUCCCCGCAGGGCCCCGAGCUUCACGGCUGGCGCCCCCCAGUGGACUGUGUCCGGGCCAAUGAGCUGUGCGCGGCCGAAUCCAACUGCAGCUCCCGCUACCGCACGCUGCGCCAGUGCCUGGCCGGCCGGGACCGCAACACCAUGCUGGCCAACAAGGAGUGCCAGGCGGCCCUGGAGGUGCUGCAGGAGAGCCCGCUGUACGACUGCCGCUGCAAGCGGGGCAUGAAGAAGGAGCUGCAGUGCUUGCAGAUCUACUGGAGCAUCCACCUGGGGCUGAAUGAGGGUGAGGAGUUUUAUGAAGCCUCACCCUACGAGCCAGUGACCGCCCGCCUCUCGGACAUCUUCAGGCUUGCUUCAAUCUUCUCAGGGACAGGGGCAGACCCGGCAGUCAGCGCCAAGAGCAACCAGUGCCUGGAUGCCGCCAAAGCCUGCAACCUGAAUGACAACUGCAAGAAGCUGCGCUCCUCCUACAUCUCUAUCUGCAACCGCGAGAUCUCGCCCACUGAGCGCUGCAACCGCCGCAAGUGCCACAAGGCCCUGCGCCAGUUCUUUGACCGCGUGCCCGGCGAGUAUACCUACCGCAUGCUCUUCUGCUCCUGCCAGGACCAGGCUUGUGCCGAGCGCCGCCGCCAGACCAUCCUGCCCAGCUGCUCCUACGAGGACAAGGAGAAGCCCAACUGCCUGGACCUCCGCAGCCUGUGCCGGACGGACCACCUCUGCAGGUCCCGGCUGGCGGACUUCCACGCCAACUGUCGUGCCUCCUACCGGACGCUCACCGGCUGCCCCACUGACAAUUACCAGGCAUGUCUGGGCUCCUACGCAGGCAUGAUCGGGUUCGAUAUAACACCCAACUACGUGGACUCCAGCCCCACUGGCAUCGUGGUGUCUCCCUGGUGCAGCUGUCGUGGGAGCGGAAACAUGGAGGAGGAGUGUGAGAAGUUCCUGAGGGACUUCACCGAGAACCCGUGCCUCCGGAACGCCAUCCAGGCCUUUGGCAAUGGCACAGAUGUGAACCUGUCCCCCCAAAACCCCUCAUUCCAGGCCACGCAGGCCCCUCGGGUAGAGAAAACGCCUUCUUUGCCAGAUGACCUCAGUGAUAGCACCAGCCUGGGGACAAGCGUCAUCACUACCUGCACAUCUGUCCAGGAGGAGGGGCUGAAGGCCAAUAACUCCAAAGAGUUAAGCAUGUGCUUCACAGAGCUCACGACCAGUAUCAUCCCAGGGAGUAAAAGGGUGGUCAAACCUAACUCAGGCCCCCGCAGAGCCAGACCAUCGGCUGCCUUGACCGCUGUCUCCUUCCUGAUGCUGAAGCUGGCCUUGUAGGCUCUGGGAGAUUUCCGAAAGCUACACGGACGAGAACACCCGCCUGACAAAAUGGAAACACACACAGACACACACACAGACACCUUGCAAAAAAAAAAA